AUGAUCGAGUACAUGUUCACAUGCUGUGCUAAACAUCAACCAACCACUCACUAUUCCCACUCCCAACCAUGGCCGUGUCCUUCCUCGUGGCAGUUUCGUGACUUCGUGGCCCUGCUCAACCCCGACGCGGCAGAGCAUCUCGGUAGCCGUUUCCGCCUUGCGCGGGACCUGCUGUCUGCGGCCGAGACGGCUAGGGCUCAGCUGCGACAGCUACUGACAGACGAUGGUCUGGCGGGGCGGGUGACGCUCACAACGGACAUAUGGACCAGUGAGAACAACGUCGCCUUCAUGGUCGUCACUGCACACCGAGUCACCUCGGACUUCCAGCUACAGCAGAUGGUUAUCGACUUCCGGCCGCUUGAGGGCCGUCAUACGGGGGAGAAGAUUGCGUCCGAGUUGGAGGUGGUCAUAGGGGAGUGGGCGCUGGGUGGUGGUGAGUUCUUCGGCGUGACGACGGACAACGCCGAGAACAACAACCGGGCGGUUCGUCUGCUGGCCGGCGUCGCGGACGACACACCGGGGUCACGUCCGCGUGACCCCCCCGUCUUGUCCCUGGCUCGACACUUCAAGUGCGUGGCCCACGUCCUGAACCUUGCAGUGCGGUACGCAAUCAAGGUUGAGCCGGUGGCCGAGGCGCUCCGGAGGCUGCGUGCGGUGGCUAGCUACAUCGGGUGGUCGGUGCAGCGGUCGGAGCGUUUUUUCGACAUCCAGAAGCGGUAUGCCGCGUCCCAUGCUGAGACGCAGGCAGGGGAGGGGGCGGAAGAUGGGGGGGAGAGGGAGGCAGAGGGAGGCGCUGCGGAGGGAGGGGCGACGCAGGCGGAGGGGGGUGGCAGUGCGCGCAAGAGGCCUACUGACUUGCGCCUGAUCGUUGACUCGGACACGCGCUGGGGUUCCACGCUGGAGAUGGUUGUGCGGGGGUGUGAGCUCUCCAUUCCUCUGACAAUGCUGUCCGACGCCCAUUGGUCUGCUCUCAACGAGCUGCGGGCUUUCCUGGAGCCGUUUGACAGCAUCACCCUGUUCGUGGAGGGGUCUUUGUACCCCACCAUCGGAGCGGUGGUGCCGCAGUACAACAUGCUCCUGGACAUCCUCGAGGCGAACAAAGAUUCGCCAGAUGUGUCGCAGCUGUGGAAGGACCUCUCGACCCGGGCCUUGAGCAAGCUGGAACGUCACAUGGGGAGGGUGAGCGAGGAGUGUGCGAUUGCCACCUUCCUCGAUCCUCGGCUCAAGACGGCAACCUUCAGACUCAGGGCCCGGGGGGCGAGACCUACUGCGCCCAUUGUGGUGGCGGCGGGGGGGCAUGCCAGGGGUGCCAGGACACUCGACCUGACCGAGGAGAGGGUGAAGGCUCUCGUACGCGAGCGCCUUCCACCCUACCAGACAGCAGCCCGUGCAGUGGCAGAGGCGCACCUUGGGGGUGACGUUACGAGCACUAGGAGAGUGACGGGGGAGGGUGAGGCGAGGAGCGGGGCUGCAGGGCGCAGGGGGGCCAGGUCGCGUGGUGUGCUGGACUUUCAGGCUUGGCUGUUCGCUGAGUUGGCCGAGAUGGAGGCAGAGGAGGGGGUGCGGGCACAGGACGAGGUGGACCGGUAUUUAGCGGAGGCGAGGCAGGAGGGUGGGUGCGCCUUAGCGUACUGGCGCGGGAGGGAGAUGCAGCUGCCCGGGCUUAGGGCCAUGGCUCGCGACUAUUUGGGUAUCCCAGCCACGUCUGCUGCGAGUGAGAGAGCCUUCAGUCAGAGCAGAAACAUCAUCUGGUGGCAGCGGCACCGUCUGAGCCCACAGCAGAUGCGUGCGGCCAUGAUGAUCAAGACUUGGCAGGAUCACCACCCUCAUCAGAGGCUUGAGGUUCGGGGUGGCAGGACAGCGAUUGCGCAGCUGUGCAUUGAGGCAGAGCAGCUGGGGUUGUGA